CAAAUGCAUUUGAGACAAAACAAUCCGCCAGGACAGUAUUAUUUUAAGAAUUACUUUAUUUUGUAAUAAGUCUGUAAACACGCUUCGCAGUUUUCUCCAAGUUUACCUCGAACUGAGAGGCUCACUAUUAUUAGUUGAACCCUGUGGACGGCAGCCUAUUAUCUGCUGCGCACACAGAGCCAUAGCCUACGCUGUCCUUGACCCCUGUCAACUGUGCAUCUAGGAUGCAGGUGUUUCUCUUUGCCACUGCUGUGGUUUUCGCGCAUGACCUGGCCAGUGCCGCACCGAAAGCUAAGUGCUCAUCCCGGUGCGAUGUGAGCAAGUGUCCGAGCCCGAGUUGCCCCAGUGGCUAUGUGCCCGAUCGGUGCAACUGUUGCUUGGUAUGCACCCUGGGUGAGGGGGACUUUUGCGGCCGGAGAGACGACUUGCCCUGUGGAGACGGUCUCGAAUGUAAAUAUCCUGCCAGCAAGCGCCUUUCCAAGGGCAUUUGUCAGUGCAAAACUGGGCAUAAGGUAUGUGGCAGCGAUGGAAAGACCUAUGUUAAUGUUUGUAAAAUGAAGGCGGCCAGCCGUAAAGCUCUGCAGCGUGGAAAGACCGCUAUUAUACCAGCACAUAAAGGACCUUGUGCACCUCCCAGCAAAGGUCCUGCACACCCCAACAGUCCAAGAUACAGGUUCAACUUCAUAGCAGACGUGGUUGAGAAGAUUGCCCCGGCUGUAGUGCACGUGGAACUCUUCCUGAGACACCCACUGUUUGGUCGGCAUGUGCCGCUGUCCAGUGGGUCCGGCUUCAUCAUGACUGAAUCUGGUCUGAUUGUGACCAACGCACACGUGGUGACCAGUGCAGCCGCGGCGACUGGCCAGCAGCACUUACGGGUCCAGCUGCACGAUGGAGGCAUCUAUGAGGCCACCAUAAGGGACCUGGACACAAAGUCCGACAUUGCUACGAUUAAAGUUGACCCAGUGAAAAAGCUGCCUGUGUUGUUACUGGGCCGCUCCACCGACUUGAGACCUGGCGAGUUUGUGGUUGCCAUUGGCAGCCCCUUUGCCCUCCAGAACACAGUCACCACGGGCAUAGUGAGCACGGCGCAGCGAGACGGAAAGGAGCUGGGCAUCCACGACUCAGAUAUGGACUACAUCCAGACAGAUGCCAUCAUCAACUAUGGGAAUUCUGGUGGCCCACUGGUCAACCUGGACGGUGAGGUCAUCGGGAUUAACACGCUGAAAGUGACCGCAGGGAUCUCCUUUGCCAUCCCCUCUGACCGAAUCAAUCGCUUCCUUAAUGAAUCUCUAGACAAGCAUCACAAAGGCAUGCAGAGGGUAUUUAGGACUUACUCCCAGAGCCUGCAGCUUCAGCCAGUGGUUUCUGAUUCAGAGUUGAAAGGCACAAAAAAGAGAUACAUCGGCAUCAGAAUGAUCACCAUCACUGAAAGUCUAGCAGAGGAGCUGAGGCAGCAGAAUUCCGACUUUCCAGAUGUCAGCAGUGGAAUCCUGGUGCACGAAGUCUUGCCAGACUCACCAGCUCAGAGUGGCGGCAUUGAGAGCGGUGACAUCCUAGUGAAGCUGAAUGGACAGUCACUGGUCAGCACGGAGGAUCUUCAGGAGGCCCUGCUCGGCGAGGGCCCUCUUCUGUUGGAGGUGUGGCGGGGCAACGACGAUCUCCUCUUCAACUUGGAGCCCCAUGUUAUCAUGCAGUAACAGGCAUCCUCCGUCUGUCUUGGCCUGCUGAGCUAGUCUUUACAUUCACCAUCCAUAACUUACAGGCAAGACUGGUCUCAAGUCAGAUAUUAGAUAUCUGUGUUUAGGUACUCAAAUGGAUGACCAUCCACAGCACCGGAACAUCAUCAAUGGGAUUAAACAGCCUGCUCUUUCUUCUCAUGAUGGUGGAAGGGUUGAAUGAUGGCAUAUCUUUGUUGAUACCACACACAGAUGGACUCUAUGGAAAUCUGUCUCAUAACUGCUGUUCAUUGAUGUAUUUUAAUGUGACAAUAUCUGGCAUUGCCAGAUAAACCUAAAGAUGUAAUUCUGAAGUUGAUAAGACGUUGUGAAAUAUUCCUGUUGUUGUUUUGUGUUGAUGUUUGUUAUUGUUUUGAUAAAGUAUCACACAGUCAUUAUGCAUAAAUAAAAUAAAAUAAAAUGUA